UCAGUGUAUAGUUUAACGUUCCAUAUAAUCCCCUCAAGAAAGAAUUAAUGUCUCACCAUCACAAGCAUCCUCCACCACCACAACCAGACCCCUUCGCACCUCCACCACCUCCAGGACCGCCAGGGCCACCACCACCUCCAGGACCGCCAAGGCCACCACCACCACUCUCACACGGUCCUCCACCAGAUCCUUUUUUUCCACCACCACCUCCAGAUCCUUUUGCACCACCACCGCCAGGUCCACAUGGUCCACUGCAUCCGCGCCCGGGUCCGCCAGGUCCUCCGCCACCUGGGCCUCGUCCCCCUCCUCCCCCUUAUUGAUUAGAAUGUAAUAUAUAAAUAUUGUAAUUGCUAUUACAUGAGAUGUCAUGGCAAAAUAAGUGUGGGCAUCUGUUGGUUCAAAUUGAUGCUCUCUCUGUAUGUUAUAAUUAAAGUCGAAGGUGAAUAUAUAUGUAAUGUAGAAACAUAUAUCAUAUAUGUAUAAGAACUAUUCACGGUUUUCUAUCUCUGCCUGUUUCUCCGAUUAAUUACUAAUU